CCAGGCUGUGGGUGGGAGAAGGAAUAUGAUUGCUGCCAGAUGACCGAAACUUUGACAGAGUUCUGCAUUCACGUUUUCCUCAGAUUCUGUUACCUGACUGACUUGGGCCUCAGUGUAGCAAAGCACCUCAGUGGAGAUUUCAUAGAAAAUGUUUACAUAGCUUCGAGGAGCAGGAAGGAGCCCAAGUGCCCGCAGGCCAGCGAGGUGCCCGAGCACAGGCCGCAGGUGAACAGCAUCACCGUUUCCAAGAAACGCAGCUGGCUGCAGCAGAGCACCCACCGCCGGCCUCCGCCUCCUCCUCUGCAAGAAGACGCUGCCUGCGGGGAGGUGCCCGGGGCUGUCGUCCCGGUGCCCAGGUCCCCGGUGCCGCUGCCCGAGCCCGCGGUGCCCUGGGCUCCCUCAGCGCGGAGCUGCGCCCUGCCGGGCCCGGGCCCGCCGAGGAGCGCGGCCUCGGACUGCGGCGAGGACGGCGACGCCGACGACGAAGGAGAAAUAUGGUACAACCCCAUCCCUGAGGAUGACGAGCCCGACCUGCCCCGGGUCCGCCCUCCCGCUGCGAACAGCCUGGCUGCUGCGGGCUCGCCGUCGGCUCGGUACAAAGCCCACGCUGGAGGUGACUCUGGCAUGGCCGCGAGUCCCCAGGAGGGUGCCCCGCGCUCCGCGGAGGGCACCGGGAGCGGCUGGGUGGCGCAGCCCGCUGAGGGGAGCCAGGCGGACGCGCAGCAGCCCCGGCAGAGGCUCGCCGGCAAGGCUCCCGCUGCGCCAGCAGCCGACGACAGUCCUGCCUUCAAGUGCCCUUCCACAGGGUUUGGAGCUGCCCUUGCACGCAAGCCUGAUAUACCCUCCACAGAGAUUUCUCCUCCAAGUCCCUGUCCCCUGAAAAAAAGUGGGUCAAUCAACUGGCCUUUCCCUGAUAGAAUUAAAUCUCCCAGGACCGUGAGGAAGCUUUCCAUGAAAAUGAAAAAGCUGCCAGAGCUGAGCAGGAAGCUGAGUGUGAAGGGAACUUCAAGCCAUAGUAGUUCAGAUAAUCCUCCUUCCCUGCUGAAAGGGAGCUGCCGGGAUACAAGCCAUACAGUGUCUUUGCCUUCUUCUGGAAACUCAAGCACAGCUGCCAGCAGGAAUGUGAUAAGCCGUUACCAUCUUGACAGCAGCGUGUCCUCACAACACACCUACAAAAAGAAGAGCUCAAGGAGCUCCAAAUCCUUCAACAAAGGUGGUUACCUCAGUGAUGGCGACUCUCCUGAACUUAUAACAAAAUCAGGUAAACACAGACAUGAAACCAAGUGUGGGAAAGGAAAGGAGAACCUUCUAAGUAACAGUGGUAAACCCGAAAUAGAUAUCGAUGCCUUCAGACACUACAACUUCUCUGAUCAACCCAAGUGCUCUCAGUACAUCUCUGGACUCAUGAGUAUUCACUUUUAUGGUGCUGAAGACUUAAAGCCACCACGAAUAGACUCAAAAGAUGUCUUUUGUGCAAUACAGGUUGACUCAGUAAACAAAGCAAGGACUGCCCUGCUGACAUGUAGGACAGCAUUUCUUGACAUGGACCACACAUUCAACAUAGAAAUCGAAAACGCUCAGCACUUAAAGCUGGUGGUGUUCAGCUGGGAACCCACCCCAAGGAAAAACCGAGUGUGUUGUCAUGGAACUGUGGCUCUUCCCACUCUCUUCAGAGUCACCAAAACACAUCAACUGGCUGUCAAACUGGAGCCCAGGGGCCUUAUUUAUGUCAAGCUGUCACUCAUGGAGCAGUGGGAGAACUCUCUUGAUGGCCUUGAUGCAGACCGUGAGCCUGUGAUGUUUGGGGUAGAUGCUCGAAAAGUUGUAGAGAAGGAAAAUGCAGGCUUGAUGGUGCCACUUUUGUUGCAGAAAUGCAUUCUGGAGAUUGAAAAGAGAGGCUGUCAGGUGGUGGGGCUGUACCGGCUCUGUGGCUCGGCUGCCGUGAAGAAAGAGCUUCGAGAGGCGUUCGAGAGGGACAGCAAGGCUGUCACUCUCUGUGAGAGCCAGUACCCAGAUAUUAAUGUCAUAACAGGUGUCCUAAAGGAUUAUCUGCGAGAGCUGCCCUCUCCCCUGAUAACCAAGCAGCUCUAUGAAGCAGUGUUGGAUGCCAUGGUGAAAAAUCCCUUGAAAAUGACAGCAAAUGGUUGUGAGAAUGACCCAAGUGACUCUGAGCACACAGCAGCCCUUCUGGAUUGCCUGCCAGAUGUUGAGAAGGCUACCCUGAAGAUGCUGCUGGAUCACCUGAAACUGGUGGCUUCUUACCACGAAGUAAAUAAGAUGACAUGCCAGAAUUUAGCUGUGUGCUUUGGCCCUGUGUUACUGAGCCAGAGGCAGGAGACCACCAACCAUAACAACAGAGUCUUCACAGACUCAGAAGAGCUUGCUAGUGCCCUGGACUUCAAAAAGCACAUAGAGGUUCUUCACUACUUACUUCAGUUGUGGCCAGUUCACCACUCGCCUGCCAAAGAGCCAGCACAUCUGAAUGUGUUCCCUGAGCACUCAUCCUCCCUGAAUUACCUGAGACCCAAGAGGCAGAGACCUCAGAUGCUGAACCUGAGCGGGACCGAGAUGUCGGGGGUGCUCAGACCGAGGCCAGCAGGUCUGGACAGCCCCUCGAGCAACCGCUAUGCUGGGGACUGGAGCAGCUGUGGGGAGAACUACUUCCUAGCCCCCAGAGAGUGCCUGGGGGAGGCAGACUACGAUGACGUCCCUUCGGAGGACACGGAGAGCGGGGAUGACAGCAGCAAAGCCGAGGAGCUGGAGGCGCCCGGCCCCGCAGAGCAUCCCCUGGGGAGCUACCUGACAGUGCCAGCUAUGGACUCUGCAGUGGAUCACAGAGCGCACCUCAAGGACCUGCAGGAAAGUAUUGAUACUCUCAUAGGAAACCUGGAAAGGGAACUCAAUAAAAACAAACUAAAUAUGAGUUACUAAAUCCUGUCCUGCAUGACAUCUCCUUGUGCCUCCAUGCCCCUCGUUGGGCUGCCCUGGCUGUGUGAGGAGUGAUGGUGCCCCUGAACACCUCGUGGUAAGGCCACAGCCCACCUUGUGUUAGCACAUUUGAAGCCAUUCCGUGAUGUUUCUGCCUUUCUGUUAGAAGGCGUUGUCCUGAUUUGUGUUGGAGACAAGCUUAGACUGUGAUGUGAUUCCACAUAGUGGCAUUUCUCCCUAAAAACACUAUGCACUUAGGUGGCCUGGGCAGUACCUGAUAGAAGAUAAAGCAACACCUCUGCUGUCAGUGGCAGCAGAAUUCCUCAUUCCUGAACUCCUGGCUCUGGUACAGAUGCUCCUCUCAGAGGAGGAUGAACGCUGCUUGGCCUGAGUUCUGCAGCAGGGACUUCAGAUAGACUUGUUUCACUAUAUAUGCAAUGGCUGC